AUGAAGGAACUGACAACUGCGACAAUGUUGGAGAUGUCUGACAAUCACUUACAGUAUCCGUUUGCCACAUUCUAUGACCAUCUUCACAAAUCUGGCAACACCACUUCUUCCUCAAUGCCAUCUGGUUUAUCCCAGACAACCAAACUUCCCGCUAUAACUUCAGUGACCCCUGAACAUAAACCACGCUUUGGUAACAAGGACACGAUGGGUGCUUUCAAGACAGCCACUGCUUUGUAUGACAACAAUGACAACGUUAAGAUAUAUGGCCUUUCAGAAAAAGAUAGAGCACCACUUGAAGAAGUGGUCAGACUUCAUGGGGAAUUACGUGCCAUGAUUCGGAGAAAUGAAGAACAGAUUAAGGAUGAGCGGUUGUCAAGACAACAAAUAGAAUCUUCCCUGGAAAUGGUGAACAGCCUAAUUAGCAAGCUCACAGCUCGAAUUAAACUUGCAGAGGAUAAGAUACUGGAAGAAAAGUCAGCCUUGUCAUCUCUAGUGACUCAUACAAAGGGUGUGGAACAAGCUGUCAUUGCCAGUCAGCAGAGUUUGUCAGCCAAACGAGACAUUCAGUCAUCCAAAAUACAAGAAUUAUCUCUUCAACUCACUGAGAUGCAGCGGGACCGGGAACAAGUUGAGAAGUUGAUUUACAACCUCACAGAAGAGCUUAGGACUUUGCGGACAAAAGUGGACAGUCAGGCUGUUGAGUUAACAAGCACAGUGAAUGACCUGAAGGUGCGAGCAAGAAGAUUGGAGGAAGAAAACAAACUACAGUUGAAUACAUUACGAAAACAAGGAGAUUUAUACAGCAGUACAGAAACAAGCACAACACAUUUGAGAGGACAGGUUGAAAACAGACUGUCAGAAUUAAGGGACCUCAUAACAGAGCUAAGGACCAGACAAGACCAAGAGGCAAGUGAGCGACGAGCUCUGGAGCAGCAAGUUCAGCAAAAAGUCAGCACUUUGCAACAAAAUCUGGCAGACCAGGCACGCAAGCGAGAUGAAGCAAUGCAUGUUUUGGACAUGACACACAGGGAGAAGGAGCAUUCUUUAGAGAAUGAGAAACUGCGACUGCAGGGAAAACUCACAGAGACAGUUGAAGAAAUGAAUCAGCGGCUGCUAAACAAGGAGAUGAAGCUGAGGGAAGAGCUUCAAGAGAAAUAUGUGCAGUUGGAGAAG